GUGCAAUACAGGUUAACUGUAGGCAUUGCACCUGCCUGCACCUGCUCUUAUCUCCCUGCUGCACCUACCACGGUACUACUACACUUCAGCCUCUCCACUAGUCCUUCGCUCCCCUCGGCUGCAGAUCGAGCCGAGGAGCAUCUCUCGCUUCGAUGGAUUUGCGUAACCGGGUUUGGAGUAUGUGCGCGGCGGUCGGCUUGGUGCUCAUAGUCGGUGAACAGUCGCGCUGUGAUAAAACCUGGGAGGUUCCUCGCUUCGACGGCUGGUACAACAGUUUGGGAUACCCCCGACGCGGGGCUGUGGGUUCUCGCCUGGUCCGCCUCGUGCCCGCGCAUUACUGGGACGGAGUCUACCAACCCGUCCAGGAGCCGCCAAACCCGCGCAGACUGAGCAGCGUGCUGGCCGGGGGCCCCUCCGGUUUGCCCUCCACGCGCAACCAGACCGUGCUCUCUCUGUUCUUUGGUUAUCAUGUUUCCUUUGAAAUUCUCAACUCAAGAAGUCCUGGGUGUCCACCUGAGUUCAUGAACAUCCCAGUACCAAAAGGGGACCCUGUCUUUGACUUCGGUGCCACUGGAAAAGUCCUUCUGCCCUUCCAGAGAGGACCGUGGGACAAAUACUCCGGCCAGAGCCCCAGUAAUCCUCGCACGCCGGUCAACCAGGUGACAACGUGGAUAGAUGGCAGCUCCAUCUAUGGCCCCUCUACGUCCUGGUCUGACUACCUGAGAAGCUUCUCUGGAGGGCUCUUGAAUUCGAGCCCUGCGGGGAACAUGCCAAAUCUGUCAACUGGACGCGGUCUCAUGUGGAGCGCUGCUGACCCCUCUACAGGACAACAUGGACCUGAUGGGCUUUAUGAGUUGGGAAAUGCCUGGGCCAAUGAGAACACGUUCACAGCAGCAGAGGGUAUUAUCUGGUUUCGCUACCACAAUUAUUUAGCUUCCAAACUGCAGAAGGAAAACCCUGAGUGGUCAGACGAAAAGCUCUUUCAAAGCACCAGGAAGACCGUUGUUGCCACAUUUCAGAAUAUUGCUCUCUACGAGUGGCUGCCUGGAUAUCUUGGAGACAAAAAGCUCCCUCCUUACCCAGGUUACCAGAAGUUUGUGGAUCCAGGGGUCUCUCCUGAGUUUCAGGCCGCCGCCAUCCGGUUUGGCAUCACUAUGGCCCCACCUGGUGUUUACAUGAGGAACAAAACAUGCCAUUUUAGAAAGCUUGUCAACACUGAUGGCAGCUCAUCGCCAGCAAUGCGCCUUUGUAACAGCUUUUGGAAACGCCAGAAAGACGAUGAUAAGACAACAAGCCAGGACAUAGAUGACCUCCUCAUGGGCAUGGCUUCGCAGAUUGCAGAGAGAGAAGACAAUGUUGUUGUGGAGGACCUAAGAGACUUCAUGUACGGACCCAUGAGGUUCAGCCGGACGGAUGUGGUGGCCCUCACCAUCCAAAGAGGAAGAGACUUCGGCUUACGUAGUUACAACGAGGUCAGAAAAGCUCUGAAUCUGCCUCCUGUCGAGACAUUCGAAGAUAUAAAUCACAAGCUCAACAGCACCAACCCGCAGUUACUCAACGAUAUUGCAGAACUGUACAGCAGAGACAUCUCAAAGCUGGAGCUCUUCACUGGAGGGCUGCUGGAGUCUCUGGAUGGUCCUGGUCCAGUUUUCUCUGCCAUAAUCUUGGACCAGUUUGAACGAAUCAGAAACGGAGACCGCUUCUGGUUCGAGAACAAACAGAAUGGUCUGUUCUCAGAUGCGGAGAUCGGGAACAUCCACAAUGUGACCUACCAUGACGUUCUUGUCGCGGUCACAAGUGCGGAAAAAAACGACAUACAAAAUAAUGUGUUCUUCUGGAAGGAUGGCGACCCUUGUCCUCAGCCCACGCAACUGAACGCAUCGAUGCUCCCUCCCUGCACCAACGCCACCAGGCUAAACUACUUUGACGGGAGCCAAGCUGGCUUUGGGAUAGUCAUCGUUGUUUUGUUCCUCUUUCCGGUUGUUAGUUUUCUGGUUGCCUACAUGGUCGCGUAUCUCCGCAAAUACCGGUACAGGAAGUUCCAGAGAAAAAGAAAAGCUGUGGACAGAACAGAGGAGCCGGCUGUGGAAAUUACAGCCCACGAAUGGCAGGGCCACAGGAAACCUCUGCAACCCGUCAGCGUGGAGCUCGAUGAGAAGAGGAGACUGCAGGUCUUUGACCGGUCCGGGUCGGCCCACCGCUCCCUCAAUCUGCGCGACCAGGACCACCUGGACAUCCUUCUCUCCAGCGACCGGCAGCAGAAAGCUCUGCUGCUCAAAGUAUCAAAAGAGUACGACCUGGUGCUGUUUUUUGAUGACGAGAGCAAACGCGCAGCGUUUGUCAAGUACCUGCGCCCGGGGGUGACGGAUCCCGCUCAGGAGAUUAGAGUGGUGGAGAUGAGAGAGAGGGAGCUGCUGAAGGAGGCUUUAACCAAAGAGCAGAGGGCUCAGAUUGUGGAAACUUUCAUUCGACACGCUUUCUCUAAGGUCUUGGAAAUUGAGAAGAGUGACGCUGGAGACAUGAGGGGCGUUUCCCACAAGAAGGCCAGAGAGGUUCUCGAAUGCGAGCUGGCAGCGUCUGAGUUCGCCGAUGCUUUAGGCCUCAAGCGCGACUCCCUAUUUGUUGACUCCAUGUUCACACUCGCCGAUAAAGAUGGGAACGGUUACCUCUCCUUCCAAGAGUUUCUCGAUGUGAUGGUUAUCUUUAUGAAAGGGUCUCCUGAGGAGAAAUCUAAGCUCAUGUUCUCCAUGAACGACAUCGAUGGAACUGGUUUCUUAUCAAAGGAGGAAUUUGCCCGGAUGCUCAGGUCUUUUAUUGAAAUCUCCAAUGGGGCUCUGUCUAAGAGCCAGGCAGAGGACGGCAUCGAGGCCAUGAUGCUGGCAGCGGGCUUUGAUGAAAAGGAGAACAUCACAUGGGAGGACUUCCAUUUCCUCCUGCGGGACCACGAAAAAGAGCUGCAGUUUGCCCAACUCAAUGUCAAAGGGAUGGAGAAUCGGGGGAAGAAGCGGAUGAGCCGAGACCAGAGAGUGUCCUUCAUCUGUCCAGGAAACAGCAGCAAGGCGGAUGGACAGGAGAUACGCAGACGGAAAAAGUUGGGUGUCAACACUCCAAAUGUCUAUGUGAAGCCCAAGCGUGAGCAGUACAUAAGAAACCCAAUCCAACAAAAGAUCCAGCAAUUCAAACGCUUCAUUGAGAAUUAUCGCCGCCACAUCGUGGUUUUCGUCGCCGUGUACGGCAUCACAGCUGGCGUGGCGCUUGAAAGAUGUUACUACUACGGUUUGCAGGCCGAUUCGACGGGUUUACCUCAGACUUCGAUGGUGGGCAUCAUCGUUUCCCGUGGCUCGGCUGCCGCCAUCUCCUUCCUGUUUCCCUACAUGCUUCUCACCGUGUGCCGCAACCUCAUCACAUUUUGCCGAGAGACAUUCCUGAAUCGCUACAUCCCCUUCGACGCGGCCAUUGAUUUCCAUCGCUUCAUGGCAAUGACCGCCGUGCUUCUUGCAGUUGUUCAUAGUUUGGGCCAUGUGUGCAACGUCUACGUCUUCUCGGUCAGCAACCUCAGCAUCCUGUCUUGUCUGUUCCCCAAAGUAUUUUUGGACAACGGGUCUGAACUUCCCCUGAAGUGGUCAUGGUGGUUCUUUGAAACUGUUCCAGGAAUGACUGGCGUAUUGCUUCUUCUCACUUUGGCAAUCAUGUAUGUUUUUGCCUCACACUUUUUCCGUCGCAUCAGCUUUCGUGGAUUUUGGAUCACACAUUACCUCUACACCGUUGUGUACAUUCUAACUGUUAUUCACGGCAGUUUUGCCAUGCUCCAAGAGCCCCGUUUCUACAUAUACUUAAUUCCACCUGCACUGCUCUUCCUGCUGGACAAACUCAUCAGCUUGAGCAGGAAGAAGGUGGAGAUCCCCGUGCUCAGAGUUGAGCUGCUACCUUCAGGUGUGACACAUCUGGAGUUUAAGCGACCGCAGGGCUUUGUGUAUCGUUCAGGCCAGUGGGUUCGUGUUGCAUGCCUGAUGUUGGGCACAGACGAGUACCACCCAUUUACACUGACGUCAGCCCCGCACGAAGAGACGCUGAGCCUGCACAUCAGGGCCGUGGGGCCCUGGACCAGCCAGCUCCGAGACCUCUACACCGAUGAAAGUCUGCUCGAACUUGGAGACUAUCCAAAGCUGUACUUGGAUGGCCCGUUCGGAGAGGGCCAUCAGGAAUGGAUUGACUUUGAGGUGUCUGUUCUGGUGGGAGGAGGAAUUGGAGUCACCCCAUUCACCUCCAUCCUAAAAGACCUGGUGUACAAGUCCUCCACCAAGUCCAAGAUUCUGUGUAAAAAGGUUUACUUCAUCUGGGUGACAAGAACACAGCGUCAGUUUGAGUGGGUGUCAGACAUCAUCAGGGAGGUGGAGGAGAUGGACACCAAGGAGCUGAUAUCAGUCCACACCUACAUCACGCAGGUGGCCGAAAAGUUCGACCUCCGCACCACCAUGCUGUAUGUGUGUGAGCGCCACUUUCAGAAGGUGUGGAGCCGAAGCCUCUUCACCGGCCUGCGCUCCGUCACUCACUUCGGCCGGCCGCCGCUGGCGUCCUUCCUCAACUCACUGCAGGAGGUUCACCCCCAGGUGGGUAAAUUCGGUGUAUUCAGCUGCGGGCCACCCGGACUGACCAAAAACGUGGAGAAAGCUUGCCAGCAGAUGAACAAGAUGGAUCAGGCCCAAUUCCUCCAUCACUAUGAGAACUUCUGACUUUCCUCUUUGAUUUGGACGAGCGGCAGUUAGUGACAAAGUCACACUAUCACAGAGCGCAAUGUAGGAAGUUUUGAUUAUGUAUGUGUACCUGUUAGAUGUGUAUUCUUUCCUUCUAUUUUCUGUAUUCAUUAAUAUUAUUGUUGUACAUUUAUUUCAAUUACAGAUGACAGAUGAUAUUUGUUAUUUCUAUACAAUACAUGAGUACAUUCACAAGAUAAGUGAAAUACAUUUGACAUUUUAUUUGUUGUUUGACACAGAUAUGUAACUGCCGCCACCGGUCGUGUCUUUGUUCAGUCGAUUUUAUGUCAUUGAUUUCUUGUGUUUUGUUUGAAAUAUGUGAAACAAAUAAAAUCAGAGUUGCAACACA